GUCAAAUCAUAAAUGUUAACUGAUAAGGUGUAAAUUAUGAAAUAAGUAGCAAUCAUUAUACUAUUAACUAAUAGGUUACGUUAAAAUAAGUGUAACCUUACCUUUUUUAAAAGUAAUUUUUAUGUGAAAUGACCAAAGCUAGACAAGAUUAAAUGGUUUAAAGAUAUUGCUAAAUAUAAACUUAUUUCGAGCAUUGAGAUAACUAAUCAAAAAAAAAGUUAUAAAAACUUUGGCAAAGUGUACGUAUGGGAACGAAGUGCUUACAAUUUUGUUACAAUAGAAGCCUACUUACAUUACGCAAAAUGAGUAUCGACAUCGGGGGCAUGAGAAUUAAAUAUAAGGAUCGAGAAGAAACAUUUUUAGAAAAACAUUUAGUAUCAAAAGAACCAUUUGGUCAAUUUAAAGCUUGGUUUGAAGAGGCUUGUUCAAGAAAGGAAAUUCUGGAACCUAAUGCUAUGUGUCUCGCUACUGCUACCAAGGAUGGUCAACCUUCAGCUAGGUUUGUAUUGUGCAAGGGUUAUGGAAAAGAUGGUUUUAAAUUUUAUACUAAUUAUGGAAGUAGAAAAGCCAAAGAAUUGGAAGAAAACCCCAAUGUUGCAGCAACAUUUUACUGGGAAAUACUUAAUAGAUCUGUGAGGAUUGAAGGACAUAUUGAAAAACUUUCUGAAGAAGAAUCAAUCAAAUAUUUUCAUUCCCGGCCAGUUCCAAGUCAGAUUGCAGCUUGUACUAGUUAUCAGAGCACCCCUAUUGAAUCAAGAAAUGUGCUAUGUGAAAGGGAAAAAGUUUUAGAAGCAGAAUACAUGAUACCUGAAAAGCAGAUUCCAAAACCUGCAUUUUGGGGUGGAUAUGUAAUACGUCCAAAAGCUGUAGAAUUUUGGCAAGGUCAAAGAGAUAGACUACAUGAUAGGAUUAAGUUUAGAAAGCCUAAGAUAGGGGAGGUUCCUGAUGAAAAAAUUUUACAUCAAGGUGAAGAUGGAUGGGUAUUUGAAAGACUAUCUCCAUAAUCUUUAGUGUUCUAACCAUUUAUAAAUAAAGAAAAAUUGCAUUCAAUUAUAUCUGACGUCUUCCAUUUCAUAUUAGUUAACUUAUAUUUUAUUGAAAUUAAUUGGCAAUGGUAUAAUAAAAAUUGAUAAAAUAA